UUUGCGCGUGCGUAGUCGGGCUGGUAGUCGUACGCGGGAUUCUCCGCCGCGGCGGAUCGUCGUGGAUCAUGAACGGAUGGCCCGGGCUGAGGACGGACUGCGAGGCGUUGCUUACUCGGUUCCAGCAAGCCGAGAGCGUCCGCUUUGAAGAUUUCGCUUUGCUCUGGAGGCAGAACCGUUUUCACACCAUUUUUUAUGGUAAAAUAAGGACGCCAGAGCAAAUCAAGUUCACUAAAGAAGCUUUAGCCCUGGUAUGGCCCUACUUUUUGCCUCCUUACACUUUACAGAUCCGAGUUGGUGCUCUUUAUCUUCUGUAUGGUUUAUACAACACACAACUAUGUAAACCAAAACAAAAGAUUAGGGUUGCACUUAAAGAUUGGGCUGAAGUCAGUAAAUUCAAGCAGGAACUUUUAGAUGCACAGUACUAUGAUGCAGCAUAUAUCUUCAGGAACCUUCGGAUGGACAAAGCAUUCUAUUUCACAGCAAUGCCCAAAUUUCUCUCAUUUAGGACUAAAAAGAACAUGCAUGAAAAUACUGAGAUGAAGAGGGAAUUCAUAGAUCCUACUGAUCGUGUUGCCAUGCUUUGCCAUGAAAAUUUCUUGGAGGAAACAAAAAAUAUUCAUGAGCACUACCAAAGAAUGAAAUGUCUGAUCUCUAAGGACAAAAGUCAGCCAGAUAAGACUAUCAGUUUGAUUAAAGAUGACUUUAUAACCAAGUUCCAAGAUACCAUUCUGGAUUAUCAACAGUGGCAGAAAAAGAAAAUGGAAUCGCCCUUAUCUACUGUGGGUGACGAAAUGAGGAAUAGAAAAGAAGGUUGUUCCCAAGAGUCUGAAGGAUCUGGCAGAGCUAAAACAUUAGCUGACAUCAAAGCCAGAUCAUAUUCUUCAGUUGCUCAGGCUUCAAAGUCCAGACGACAUCGCCAAGUUAAGCUGGAAUCUUCUGAAUUGGGAUCAAAUCGUGGGAAAACCAGACUGCCUAUGGAUAGAAGGGUUAGGAAAUGUUUACCAACAGCAAAGAAGGCAGAGCAUCUGCAAAACAGAGGAAGAUUGCUAGUGACCACACAGGAAAAUACUGAGAGACUAAAUAUGCCUGUGAUUGGAGAUGAUGAUGGUGAUGAAGAACAAGAAAAUGAUCACUCAAGUGAUGAAGAUUUCAUACCCACAAAGAGGAAAAGGACUCAUUAAAAGUGCAUCAUAAGGGAAAUGCUGAUAACGUAAAUCAUCUGUGUGAAUGAACAGUGUUUCCCAGCCAGGGAUGAAGCAAUGCUAAGUGGACACUGUUGUUAAAGUUAAGCAGAAAAGACAUUCUAUAAAUGCUGAUAAGCAUUGCAUAUAAUUUACUUCGUAGAAGAUAAUGGAUUCUUUAUUCAUAUUUAAAAUAGAUUUUGGUAAAAGCUUGUUUCAUUUUAAAAGGUCUUUAGCCACAUUAAUUGCAUGGAAAAAGAAACUCUUGUACUGUAACAGAUUUGUAAAUGCAGUGCAUGUGUAUAGUUCAGUGUUUUAUGUACCUAUAUUAUUCCUGCUUCCGUUAGUUUAUUUAUAAUUUCGAUAGCUAAGUUAUUGUUAGGAGAAGUUGAAAAGAAAUAACAUUCUGAUCAAUUGGGGGAGUUAACAUUUUUAUCCUGUUGAAGGUUAUGAAUUGCAUCUCUGCUUCUUUUUCUACAAAACUCUCUGGACUGAACUAUUAUGAGACUAAAAGAUGAAAAUGUAAUGUGAAUCUAGAUUUGUGUCACAAAGGAGAAGGUAGAACACCAGCUUAAACUAAGGGUUGAAAUUUACAGACAGGCUGUGAUGUGUUAUAACAGUGGUUCUCAAACUUUCUAAUGCCGUGACCCCAUAAUACAGUUCCCCAUGUUGUGGUGACCCCCAACCACUUAUACAUCACCGGGUGCCAGGGGCGUGGCCAAAGAAAAGGGGGAAAAAAUGGCGGAGAGCCUUAUUUGGCGACCCCCAUGAAAUGGUUGCUUGACCCCAAAUGGGGUCCCGACCCACAGGUUGAGAACCACUGUGUUAUAAGAAGUUGAAAUAAGUCAUGCUUUUGUACUGGCUUGUUUCAGUAUUAUUUUAAUAACAGUAAAACACAAUGCAAACUAAAUUCAGAAAUUAAAAAUAAUAAUGAAUAAAAGUGCAAAGAAAAAGAAAGGAAGAAUAAAAAAACACUUAAGUGAUUUCUGAUCUUCAUCACAAAAAUGUAGAAACAAAUUUAAUAAUUCUUCACUCGCACAAGGUUAUAUGCAAACACCUUUUCUUCCCACAUCCCUUAUGUACACACAAAUCCAUAAAUCAUUAACAUUUCAAUCUUGGUGUCAGGAAAAAAUCCCUAAAUGAUUUUUUAAUGUGGCAUCAUCUUUUUGUUAAUGUGUUAAUACCACUUUACAAUGCCUCCGUAAGGCCACGGUUGGAAUACUGCAUCCAGUUUUCGUUACCACGAUGUAAAAAAGAUGUUGAGACUCUAGAAAGAGUACAGAGAAGAGCAACAAAGAUGA